UACAACAUGGUGGUAUUUGGAUUUGAAAACAUACAGGUAUAUACCUAUACGCUCUUGGGAAAAGAAUUCAUUUCCAUAUUUGUACCAUACCGCGAACAGCUACCGUGUGUUGUGGGUGAUCCGAGUGUCGCGAGCCAUCAAAGUAAACUUAACUUUAAAAAUGUAUUAUUGUGUCGCUAUAUUAUUUGUUUCGGUAGUGUAUUCUCAACAGACUCAAACCGAAAGAAAAAAUUCAACUGUAGAACCACAACUCAACUCGCAAAGAUCCGCUAGACAAUAUGGAGUUCCUCAAGUAGAACAAUUCAGACCGACAGGAUACCCUUACCCAACCAGUCAAAGAUUAGAAUUCUCUCACGACAACAAACUACACAUCUACUUCUUUCAAAAUAAACUGAGUAUCUACUGUGCCACCGACACCACUUACGAGAAAAUUACCUGGAAAAAGUACACGUGUCCUUCUCAAGUAUCCAGUCAAAAUGGUGAAAUUGUAGCUGUUGGUCCGAUUGUACCGAAUCCGCAACUGUAUGGUAUCAACAGUUUUGCUCGUAAUGAAGAAUUUGUUUCGGAGUUGCUGAUUAAACAACCACUAACGCCGCAGACUGACGGAGCAUAUGUAUGCGAGGGUGUUUUCUUAUCGAGUAGAUAUCCCUUCGAGCCGGUGUCUACAAUCAGAGAUAUAAUCAUCAUUGGUGGUAAAAGUAUGUAUCAGAAUUGUUUCAAUCGAGGAGCUAUCAAGCGAUCUGCGACAAAUCAAACAGCACCGUUCAAUAAUUAAGUCUUAAGUAUCAGUGAUGUAAUAUGUACUUUCAUCUUUGACGUGGUCUUGGCUUACAUUUUACUUUCGGACUCGAAAGUUUAUCAAGAUCACUCUAUCAUUCUGUAGUUACAAUGAAUUUAAUAGGGUACUGAAAGAAUGGGUAAAAUUAGAGAUUGUUUAAAAUCAAGUAUAGGUAACAUACCUACGUAGUUUUCAACGGAAAACAGAAUUUCAAAUUUUAAAUGAUUGCCAUUUUUGAAAAUAUAGUUAAUUAAUAUUGUUUUGAAAAGAACUCGAUUUACUUAAUAAUUUAAGAAUGUGUUGUAAUUUGAAAAAAAAAAAAUCAUAAAUCUCAUUAUCUAGCUAUUCGUAAUUAUUCUGUUGGUAAUUUUGUGAAAACAAAGCAGCAGCAGAAUGUAUCGUAGCUGGAGCAUAAUAAAGCAUUGAAAGUUA